AUGAGUGCCUUUGUAACAAGGCUGUUGCGAAAGCAGCGCUGGGCGUUUGCCAUCUACCGUACAAACUACCCUUCAGAAGCAGACUGGACGAAAUUUCUCGCGAUGUUUGCUACUUGGCCUCUCCACGAAUUCCCGAGCACCAAGCUUGAGUACGGCCGUCUGGUUAGGUCAUGGCAACAGCACUACUGGAUGAAUGACAAGUUGCGAUUCGACGGCGCCACAAUCGAUCAACUCCGACAACAUUUUCAAACAUGGGUGGCAUCUCAAGAUUUCGGGGACCAGCUGGUAUGGCCCGAGAGCUAUAUGUUUCUGGUCGUCGACAAGGAUGUUCUUGACAACAUUCGUCCGCAAAAUCCCGAGCGGGACUUUAUGCCGCGCGAUGAGGCACCAUACGUCAAAGCUUUCGACAAAUAUUGCCCCAACGAGGGCGAAGAAUACCCUGACUGGAUGAAGUUGGCUCUAGUGUCUCUACGUGAUGUGUACAGUAGAGGUAUGGACUUUGAAAACAUGAGGGGACUUCGAUCUCGACACUCCGAUUGGUAUAAGGGUCGUCUACUCGAGAAGGAUACGUGUCUGGAGGAAGAUUAUGAGACCGAAUCAAAUUUGAGUUGGGCAUCUGGAUCUGAAGGCGACGAGGACACAUGUAGCAUGGAUCAAAGUCUCGAGCAUAAGUCAUAG